AUUAAAUUAACGCUGUUUGAAACAGAACAUUGUUUUCAUCAUGAUUGUUACUAAAGAUGAGAGACCAAAGUCCAGAAACCAUGAUUUUUACCUUUUUCAUGCCCUGAUGAUGCUAAGCAUGACCAUGCUGUUUCUUCCAGUCACUGGAACGUCUAAGCAAAAUAUUCCACGACUCAAGCUAACCUACAAAGACUUGCUGCUUUCAAAUAGCUGUAUUCCCUUUUUGGGCUCAUCGGAAGGACUGGAUUUCCAAACCACUUUGUUAGAUGAGGAGAGGGGCAGGCUGCUGCUGGGAGCCAAGGACCACAUCUUCCUGCUCAGUCUGGUUGAUUUAAACAAAAAUUUUAAGAAGAUUUAUUGGCCUGCUGCAAAGGAACGGGUGGAAUUGUGUAAAUUAGCUGGGAAAGAUGCCAAUACAGAAUGUGCAAAUUUCAUCCGGGUACUUCAACCCUAUAACAAAACUCAUGUUUAUGUGUGUGGAACUGGAGCAUUUCAUCCAAUAUGUGGAUAUAUUGAUCUUGGAAUCUACAAGGAGGAAGUUAUGUUCAAACUAGACACACAUCAUUUGGAGUCUGGCAGACUGAAAUGUCCUUUUGAUCCUCAGCAGCCUUUUGCUUCAGUAAUGACAGAUGAGUACCUCUACUCUGGAACAGCUUCUGAUUUCCUUGGCAAGGAUACUGCAUUCACGCGGUCCCUUGGGCCUACUCACGACCACCAUUACAUCAGAACUGAUAUUUCGGAGCACCACUGGCUCAAUGGAGCAAAAUUUAUUGGAACUUUCCCCAUCCCAGACACCUAUAAUCCAGAUGAUGAUAAAAUAUAUUUCUUCUUUCGUGAAUCAUCUCAAGAAGGGAGUACUUCUGAUAAGACCAUCCUUUCUCGAGUUGGAAGAGUUUGUAAGAAUGAUGUAGGAGGACAACGCAGCCUGAUAAACAAAUGGACCACUUUUCUCAAGGCCAGACUGAUUUGCUCAAUUCCUGGAAGUGAUGGGGCAGAUACUCAUUUUGAUGAGCUUCAAGACAUUUACUUACUCCCCACAAGAGAUGAAAGAAAUCCUGUAGUAUAUGGAGUCUUUACCACAACCAGCUCCAUCUUCAAAGGCUCUGCUGUGUGUGUGUAUAGCAUGGCCGACAUCAGGGCAGUUUUUAAUGGUCCAUAUGCGCAUAAGGAAAGUGCCGAUCAUCGUUGGGUGCAGUAUGAUGGAAGAAUUCCUUAUCCCCGACCUGGUACAUGUCCAAGCAAAACCUAUGACCCACUGAUUAAAUCCACCCGAGAUUUUCCAGACGAUGUCAUCAGUUUCAUAAAGCGGCACCCUGUGAUGUAUAAAUCAGUAUAUCCAGUUGUGGGAGGACCAACAUUCAAGCGCAUCAAUGUGGAUUACAGACUGACACAGAUUGUGGUGGAUCACGUUGUCGCAGAAGAUGGCCAGUACGAUGUGAUGUUUCUUGGGACAGACGUUGGAACAGUCCUAAAAGUUGUCAGCAUUUCAAAGGAGAAGUGGAAAAUGGAAGAGGUAGUACUGGAGGAGUUACACAUAUUCAAGCAUUCAUCAAUCAUCUUGAACAUGGAGUUGUCUCUGAAGCAGCAACAGUUGUACAUUGGUUCCCGAGAUGGACUGGCUCAGCUCUCCUUGCACAGAUGUGACACUUAUGGGAAAGCUUGUGCAGACUGUUGUCUUGCCAGAGACCCCUACUGUGCCUGGGAUGGAAAUGCAUGCUCUCGCUAUGCACCCACUUCAAAAAGGCGAGCUAGACGCCAAGAUGUGAAGUAUGGGGACCCAAUCACCCAGUGCUGGGACAUAGAAGACAGCAUUAGUCAUGAAGCUGCUGAUGAAAAGGUGAUUUUUGGCAUUGAAUUUAAUUCAACCUUUCUGGAAUGUAUACCUAAAUCCCAACAAGCAUCUAUUAAGUGGUAUAUUCAGCGGUCAGGAGAUGAAUAUCGAGAGGAGUUGAAACCCGAUGAAAGGAUCAUCAAAACAGAAUACGGGCUACUGAUUCGAAGUCUGCAGAAGAAGGACUCUGGGAUGUAUUACUGCAAAGCACAGGAGCACACUUUUAUCCACACCAUAGUGAAGCUGACUUUGAAUGUCAUUGAGAAUGAACAGAUGGAAAAUACCCAGAGGGCAGAGCACGAGGAGGGGCGGGUCAAGGAUCUGUUGGCUGAGUCACGGCUGAGAUACAAAGACUAUAUCCAAAUCCUUAGCAGCCCAAACUUCAGCCUCGACCAGUACUGCGAACAGAUGUGGCACAGGGAGAAGCGGAGACAGCGAAACAAGGGCGGCCCAAAGUGGAAGCACAUGCAGGAAAUGAAGAAGAAACGAAAUCGAAGACAUCACAGAGACCUAGAAGAGGUUCCUAGAGCUGUGGCUACAUAGUUUUCUAUUUAAUUUAAAGAAAAAGAAUUCUUCACCUGCAAAAAUACUGUCUUCUGUUUUAUUCAUCCUUAUAUUAACUCCUAAGAGCUUUCCAUGGAGUUUUGCUAAAGCACAAGAACAGUAAUCUGAAUAAGACUGUAUCUGGUGGAUAUGGCAUUAGCAAGGGCAAACCAUUCAUCUGAACCAAUUUUCCAAGAACUAAACUUUUACCUGCAAAGUAUCAGAAUUAUCUCAAAAGAGGGGCUUUACAUUUGUGAAUGUUUUACACUCUGAGUUUUUGAAUUUAUUAUGUUACAUAAAUAACUGAGCUAAGAAAGUGUCAAAUUUGACAUUGUAAUAAGGUGCUUUAUUUCCCUUGCAUGGCCUUUAAGCACGGAGUUGACCAUGCAAUUGUGCUAUAUUUUCUUAUGAACAGAUACAUCAUUCCACUCUAGAACUGGCUACCUGGUGGUAGGAUUGGAGGGAAGACAUAAGAUACAGCUCACAUUAUCAACAGGAACUUUCCCAGUGGGCCAUUCGCUCUUGGUGCAUGGUUUAGGAAUUUGGAGAGGUGCAUGACUCCUUUCAGAUUCCAGGGGUUACAUUUAGUGUCCUGGAGCAUUGAUUUACUGAAGGGCAUAAAUGUUCCUCCCAGGAUUCCUUAUGACUUGUCAGCAGGUUCACAGAGAGAAGGUGGUGCUCAGUUAUGUGUCUUUAGAAUAUAUGCUGAUCUUUACAGGGACAGAAUGCUUAAUAAAUAUUUUAAUGAUAUGGGAAAGCAUUUUAAUAAAAUAAGGGAAACAUCAUGAUGUAUACUGCAUCCUAAUGGGAAAGCACGCAGCUGGGAUUUGUUAAGAGAAAGAAAGACAGACAGCCAUAAAUUCUGGCUUUGGGGAAAACUCACAUCCCCAUAAAAAGGAAGAACAAUCAGAAAUACAGUGCGUGAAAUGUACUGUAGCUUUACUCACUGGAAUAUAAGUAGCUGCCAAUUUGUAAUCCAUCUGUUAAAAAAAAAAACGACUCUAGAUUAUAACAAACUGCUAGCAAAAGUCUGAGGAAAAGUAAAUUUUCUAAAGGAUCAUGGGAAAAAUGAAUACAAAUUUAUUUACAACCAAUGGAAUUUCAGUGUAUACUUCCUCUCUUUUUUCUAAAAAUGCAUCAUGCUUUAUAAAUUAUUUCUAUUUACUGCCUUAUGCUCUCCCAAAUAUUGGAUUAUUAGAUUUUAUUUGAGUGAAUAGGAAAAAACAAUAUAUACAUAUAUAGAGAGAUAGAAUUAGGUAGACAACAGUGGUGGGGAGUGGUAAUACUAUAUAUUUGUUGAAUAACAGAACAAAUGCAAAAAUUUUGACAACGGAAAGGGUUAAAUUAACUCUUUGACAUCUUUUCUUCACACAAUCUUUUUGCAUUUCUGAGAUUAUAUGCUGUAAUUCAAGUAGCAUUGUUUUAGUAAUUUAAUAAUAAAUAAGCCUACUGCAUGU